AUGGCCACCGCGACUAUAUUCAUACAAGAUCGCGAACGUAAUCUGAUUAAAUGUCGCGCGUUAUUAGACACAUGCGCCACGGCCAGUUUCAUUUCCGAAAGUUUCGUAAGACGUUUAAAACUGCCCGUAACUGCGUGCUCGUUGCCUAUCGGCGCGAUUAAUUCUAUGAACACCGUAUCCAAGGGCGUUAUUCGAAUCGUUAUUCGAUCUCUAUACAGCGAAUUCAGCAAAGAGUUAAUAUGUUUAUCUAUUCCCACUAUAUCAGAUUUAGUGCCGGCUGAAAUCUUUCCACGAGAGACUCUCAAAAUACCGCAUAAUAUACAACUAGCCGAUCCGGAAUUUCACUUACCGCGUCCUGUUGACAUAUUAAUCGGCGCCGGGGCAACCUUGUCUUUAUUCUCGAUCGGUCAAAUUAACUUGUCGCGAACAGAUUGCGAUUUAUAUCUGCAGAAAACGCGUUUUGGCUGGGUCGUGGCAGGCGGGAGCGCAUCGCAAGGUCAUACAAAGGGCGCCACAUGUUCAUUAACUGACGUACAAUUAGCAUUAGAUCAGCAAAUCGCUAAAUUUUGGACAAUUGAAGAGAUAACGAGUAGUUCCCCGAAAUCGUCUGACGAGCGCGAGUGCGAAAGCCACUUCGCGGAAAAUGUUACCCGCGAUAGCAACGGACGAUACAGGGUACGAUUACCAUUUCGUAAGGGCGACAUACGUCUCGGUAAAUCGCGGACGGCCGCUCUUAAACGUUUAUAUUCCCUCGAGCGUAAGCUCGAUUCAGAUCCGGAAUUGAAGUCGGCUUAUUCGCAAGUCAUACAAGAAUAUCUAGAUUUAAAACAAAUGUCUCCUGUCGACGAUUCCCCCGAUGACGGAUUUUAUAUGCCGCAUCACGCCGUGAUUAAAUCUUCGAGCAGUACUACUAAAGUCCGCGUAGUAUUUGACGCGUCGGCAAAAACCAGUAACGGCUUAUCUUUGAACGACAUAUUGUUAGCAGGACCUACUAUCCAAGACACAUUGUUUGCUCAGUUGCUUCGUUUUCGUACGUACAAAUAUGUGCUAUCUGCCGAUAUAGAAAAAAUGUACCGGCAGGUAUUACUUCACGAGGACGAUCAGAGAUACCAGCGCAUUCUCUGGCGGCAGGAUAAUCAAAUCAAAACUUUUCAGCUUAAUACCCUUACAUUCGGCGUGUCUUCUUCGCCUUUUCUUGCAAUACGUACCAUUCAUAAACUCGCGGACGACGAAUACGACGGAUUUCCUAAUGCCGCGAGAAUUCUUAAAUCACACUUAUACGUGGACGAUCUACUGACCGGUACGAACAACGUCGACGAGGCCCGUCGGUUGCGGGACGAGAUUAUCGCGUUAUUAUCGCGAGGCGGUUUCAAUAUCCGACAGUGGGCUUCGAAUGAAAAACGUAUCAUUGAAGAUCUAAAUCCCGAUGCCGUAAACUCGAACCUCGUGCUCGACAAAACCAACACGUUGAAAACGUUAGGGAUAUCGUGGUGCACGCGCGACGACGUGCUGCGUUACUCGGUACGCUCAAUUAAUUGCGCCGGUAAGGUCACAAAACGAAUCGUUAUCUCGGAAAUUGCCAAGAUCUUCGAUCCUUUAGGCAUUUUAGGACCUAUUAUAUUAUAUGCUAAAAAAUUAAUGCAGGAUUUGUGGCGAUCUAAGUUGGAGUGGGACGAAUCCAUUCCUCUUAGCAUACACACCGCGUGGAUCGAUUUCGCGACGCAGUUAGAUUCGAUUACUAAGUUAUCUAUCGAUCGCCCAGUAGUAAUUCCGGAUUAUACCGACGUUCAAAUUCACGGUUUCUGUGAUGCAAGUAAUGUAGGCUACGGCGCUUGUUUGUACAUUCGCUUGAGCGACGGACACGGCAAUAUACAUUGUCGCAUUUUAUGCGCUAAAUCGCGAGUCGCGCCUCUAAAAACGGUAACAAUACCCCGUCUCGAGUUGUGCGGUGCUCUUUUGUUGGCCAAGAUAUACAGCGAGGUGCGCAAAGCGGUAGAGUUACCCUUUAGUAAGGUAAUAUUAUGGACCGAUUCGACUAUCGUGUUGCAUUGGGUGAGGACUUCGCCUCACCUUUUAAAGACGUACGUGUCUCAUCGCGUUGCUCAAAUCCAGGAACUUACUCACACUCAGGCCUGGCGACACAUUCGGUCAAAAGAUAAUCCCGCCGAUGCGCUCUCAAGAGGCCAAUUACCGAACGCCUUUCUAAAUAAUCAAUCGUGGUUCUCGGGUCCGUCGUGGUUAGCAAAGGAAGAAAAUAUAUGGCCAAACGGAAUUACAGAAUUAAAGGAAAUACCAGAACUCAAAAAAAAUAUUUGUCUAACGACAAGCGUCGACGACUGUAGCAUUCUUAGAAAUUAUUCGUCAUAUUUAAAGCUGUUGCGAGUCGUGGCAUUGUGCCUCCGCUUCAGACCGAAGAAUGCAUAUCGCGGACAACUUUGCGCAAGGGAAAUAGAUGACGCGGAAAUUAGAAUAAUGAAAAUUGUUCAAGCAUCCUGUUUUUCACGCGAAUUGAGGGAACUCACAGAUAAACGAUCGAUAACUAAAAGCAACAUCGCCGCGUUGAAUCCGUUCCUCGACGAAAACGGCUUGAUUCGCGUCGGCGGGCUACGACAAACAAAACAAGUUUCUAAUUUCUACCACGAUAUAAUGUCGCCACUGUUAACGCGGAGUUCGUGCCUGACUAGGCAGGAGCCUUCUUCUUCUCAUAGCCCUUGGUUGUCAGAUCCGUAUGGAUCUUAG